AUGCAGAUGUCAAACCUUAUUAGAAGUCGUAAGGCGGUGACGACUGCACAAAGUUCGCCUCUCCCGGCUCAGCCGUCCGUUGCCACUGCUCUAGCACAAAUGGACCACUUGCCGGUUGGUCCAGGGUCUCCCAUGCGCUGGCGUCAUCAACAUCAUCAGUGGCGCAACCUAUUAGCGCCAGGCAUCAUCACCGCCCCACUAGCACCAUCGACACAACAUCAACAGACGCUACUGGUGCAUUGGGGCCAUAACCAGUUAAAGACGGCGAAGGUCACCCGGGUGACCAACAGUCGUAUCAACAUUGGAUACAACAAGUGGCAUUGGGCUGCACCAACGGCGGAAUUGCAUAGCUCAUUGGCCCAUGACAUUGGUCACGUUGUUCGGACCCAUUGCCCGAUAAAAUGGAAGUCUUGGAAGGUCAUGCCUGAGGAGAUGAGGAUGGAGGACCUCGACGACGAGUCAUUGGCGUACGUCAAUAGACUCUUUGCUGAGAGGUACAAGCAGUGGAAGAGCGACUUGCACCACCAUUUUCAGGCAUUUGAUGAUCCGCAGGUCGCCCUUCAGGAGGGUUGCCCGAAGAAGCUUGAGGGGCGGGAGGAUAGUUGGGGGGGGUCCAAAUUCCCGGAGAUCGACGUCUUUGGCGACGUUUAUGUUCAACCUGGGAAUGAGUUGGCCGAGUUCCUUCAUGAUGCGGGGUUUCAGAUCUUGACAGAGACCUUGGAUCAGACUCUCGGGAGGAGGCCAGGGACAUAUUUUCGAGGGAUGGGGAAUGCCCGGUGGCAAGAACCUAGACCCCGUUCAUCGUCGCAGUCAAAUGAGGUGACUGCUUUGACAACAACGGUGGCCGAGCUUAAGGGUCAGAUGUCUGUGCUUCUAGAGUUCCUCGUUCGGUUUGGCAUUCCAAUCCCGCAUUUUGGUCCCUCGUCUACCUUCGAGCCCCUCCAACUCGAGCAUGGCCACCAGACCUCUGCCCUUGUCGACAUUGUCUAG